GAAACACCGGCGGCACCAGUGUUAAAACCAACGAGGAUAAACGAGUGUCAUAAUUAAGAACGUUCUAGCGAAAAGCGCGAGCGUUCACAACACUUCGAGGCACUCGUCGCUUUAUCGUCGCUCCGUAUACGCUUGAAGUGGGGAUAUUGCGAUACACGUGUGUACGGCGCUGCACAUAUACGAUGUGCACAGUACCCACACGCGAUCUCGUCAUUUUGCUCGCGCGAGCCUCUCGGCUUUGCUCCCGGAAAUUGCACGGCGUGAAUUUAGUGCCUUGCCCUUCGACAGCUUGACUGAGUACACUUUCCGCCGUGGCGGCCUGUAGACGACAGGCUCGCUUAUAUAUACCAUACCUGUGUGUAUAUACCGUAUUUAGGUUAUACGGGGUGUUCUACAAAGUAAUAAGGGGAACGAGAAACUCGAGAGCGAAAGUAAGAUGGCCAUUAACGCUUUCGCGUUGAACUUUGUCUAAUGAACACUCGAGUGCUUCCGUGGCGAGAUUUGAACGCGCUGGUGCCACCGUUUAAAUGCUUGCAGUGUACGCUACUGGAGCGCGCAUGCGCGUGCUGCGUUGCUUUUACGCGUCGAGUGGUGUUGAAAGAGUUAAGGAAGUUAAAGUCGUUAAAGAAGCGCUGCUGCAAAUGUGAUUGCGAAAAAUUAUUAAGAAAUUUUUCUAUUAAACUGACAUUUCUGUUAUUAAAAUCAUAUAGUAUUGUUAUUUUUACACUGAAAUAUAUCUAUCUGUUAAGAGGAUAUCAACAAUCUACUUCGCAAAAUGAUAAAAAACAAGAGGAUGGGAUAAUAUCUGAAAUUAUACCAUCUUUGGAGGAUUCUAAUGCCACGAUACAAUUUACCAAUAAUCCUUACAUGCAGCAACCACCGUAUAAUCCAUUUUACAAAUCGAACGAGAAAGUCAUUGACGAAAUAAAACUUAUUGAGGAAGAUGUUACAAAAAGAAUUAAACGAAAUACAAAGUGCACACUAGGUAAUUGCAUAACAUGUUGUAUCUUCUUUGUUAUUGCAGUUAUCAUCAUAUUGAUCUUUCUUUUAUAUUUUGUCACAAAAAAUCCAAAAAUUGCACAACUGUUAUGUAAUCUAGCAAAUAAGACUAACAAUUUGCAAGAAAAUUAAGAGAGAUUUUGAUGCAAACAAUAUCUAAUCCAGAUAUUAGUAAAAAAUUGACCAACUAUAUCAACGAACCUAGGAUUUGGUUAUGAUAAAUGAAUAUAUCAAAUAUAAUAUAAUUAUUUAAAAAUAUAUUGUAAUUAACAAUAUUAUAUUAUAAAUAUUUAUUGUGUUCUUUUUAAUUAAUAUGUUUUAUCUAGCACAUCAAAAUGUUUAAUGAAUCUGAAAUUUUAUGUCUUCUUAGAAUAAAUAAAUUAAAAUGUU